UCAGUAAACAGUGAGCAGCGGCGCUGAAAAGUGGAACAAGCAAAGUAUUUAAUGCAAAGUGUGAGUGAGACGCAAUAAAAACAACUUAUAACAAUGACACAGCUAAAAUUGCUACAAAAUAUUCUAAAAACAACAAGCAGACUGCACGGCAGUUGUUUAUCAGUUGAACUACAGCCCAGCAAGCGUGAUUAUGUUACAAAAACAAAAGCAGUGGAAGCCAAACCAUUUGAGGCUAUGCCAACUGUAAACAAUUUUAGACUAUUAAUAGAUUUUAUGCCUGGCGGUAGAUACUACAAUCUGGAUCUGAAUGACAUGACCAGAAAUAUGCUGAAUAAUGCCAAUUCUGAUAUCUUAUUGCUGAGGGGACUGUUUGGCAAGGUUAAUUUGGUGCUCACACAGAAUCCCGAUGAUUUCGAAAUCGUUUUUCGUCAUGAGGGUGUCUGGCCUGGUCGCAAGGGUUUCGAGCUGAUGAAUCAUUAUCGUACGGUGCAUCGCAAGGAUUACUUUGGUGAUGUUAUAGGCUUGGUGAGCUCACAGAAUAAGGAGUGGGGCGAUAUGCGUUCGGCUGUCAAUCCCAUUAUCAUACAUCCCAAGAAUGUGAAGCUCUAUUUGGGUUCAUUGGAUCGCAUUAACCAACAGUUUAUAGCGCGCAUCAAAGCUAUACGCGAUCCGCAGACUUUGGAAAUGCCAGCGGACUUUAAGAAUGAAAUCAGCGCCUGGACUUUGGAGUCUGUGGGCAUGGUUGCGCUCGACUGUCAGCUGGGACUUAUAGAUCGCACUAAUCCAACGGGUCUGCGCUUCUUUACGCUACUGCAGGAAUUCUUUGAUCUAGCUGUGGAGCUGGAGGUGAAACCCUCGCUCUGGCGUCAGUUCAAGACACCCAAGUUCCGCAAAGUUAUGCGCGCGCUGGAUGAAUCUCUGCAUAUCAUCGAUGGCUAUGUGCAGCAGGCCAUGGAGCGCAUCGAGCAGACAGUUAAGAAGAGUGAUGCCGAGAAGAGCGUACUGGAAAAGCUGUUGGCUAUAAAUCGCAAAUAUGCCGUGGUUAUGGCCUUGGAUAUGCUCUUCGCCGGCGUGGACACGACCACCAGCACAUUUUCAGCCAUACUGCUGGCACUGGCCAAGCAUCCAGAGAAGCAGGCGAAGCUGCGUGCCGAAAUACGCAGCAUUUUACCGCAAAAGGACACGCCGCUGACUGUGGAGUCCAUGAGAAAUUUGCCCUAUUUGCGCGCCUGCAUUAAGGAGAGCUUGCGUUACUAUCCACUGACCUCGGCCAACCUGCGCACCACACGUCAGCAGCUUGUGCUCAGCGGUUACUCUGUGCCCGCCAAAACGGAAAUUAUAAUGGUGCACUUGAAUCUGUGGCGCAACGAGCAGCACUUCUCCCAGCCCGAGCAGUUCAUACCAGAGCGCUGGCUGCGUGAGCAGCCACAGUCCAGCACUGCUGGUUGUCCAGCGGCAACCAAAUCUAGUCACCCCUUUGCCUAUCUGCCCUUUGGUUUUGGUCCACGCAGUUGCAUUGGACGACGCAUUGCGGAGAUGGAGCUGGAAAUUGGUGUGGCGAGACUGCUGCGCAACUUCCAGGUGGAAUUUAAUCAUCCGAUGGACAAGCCUUUCAUUGCCUACCAAGUGGCCACUCCACGCAUUCCACUGAAAUUUAAGUUUACAGAUCUCGAGGAUUAGGUAUAUUACUUUUAAUAAACUUAAAAGUGUUUCAGGGA